AUGGCCUUCUUCCUUACCCCACGCUUUGCGCCAGCCUACACUGCUCAGCAGUGCAAUCCAUGGGCCUGCGCCCCACGACCACAGCACUCCUACCGCCGCGCUACGCGCCCAUCGUUCCCUUCAUUCGCGCCAUUCCUAAGCGAGGUGGAUGAAUUGAUGAGCGCACUCGAUGAAGAGACUCGACGGGAAGCGGCCCGCCGCGAAGCACUUCGUCAGCGCCAACAGCGCAAGCGCAUCGUCCGAGCGCAUUUCAACGUGCAUGAGAACCAGGGAGGAUACCAAGUCGAUGCUGAGAUUCCCGGCUUCGAGCAGGAGCACAUCGAAAUUGAAGUGACGGACGACAACACCCUGAGACUCUCAGGCAAUACCGAGAGGAAGGUUGAGCAGCAGCAGCCACAGCCCGCCGAGACAUCUACCAAGAUAUCAACAAAUGAGGUUGACGCUCCUCAUGACGCCAUGGACGGCAUGACCCUCAACAAACCCGAAGAGGCCACCGCUUCCGGUGCAGCUACUCCCGCGCAUUCCGACACCGAGUCGCAUAGGUCUUACCAGGCCACCGUAGAAGACGACUUCGAAGACCUUGGUGCUGAGACUUCAUCCACCAUAUCUGCUCAUAUGGACUCUGACGCACCCAAAGAGUCCAAGGGCAAGGAGAAAGCUGUUGAUCAGCCCGCCACUACCAAUACCGAGACCGCUGUGCAGCAGCAACAGCAGCAAGAGAACGAGGAGCGGCGUUUCCACGGCUCCUUCGAGCGAACGUUCCGCUUCCCGGAGAGGAUCGAUGCUGUUAAUGUGACGGCCAGCCUUAGGAAUGGUCUGCUUAGCAUCACUGUCCCAAAGGCCAAGGCUCCGGAGGUCAGGAGGAUAAUAAUUCAGUAG